GUCUAAGUAGAAUUUUACUCCACCACAAGAUUUGCAUUUUCUGUUUCUCUGCUCACGUAUUAAGAUGUUUCCUUUAGUUUGUUAUCUGUCUGUCUGAAUAGUGUGCACUGUCGUAAGUUUUCACUUUCAUUCCCUCUGUUAAGAUGCAUAUAACCCAGGAGUGUAUGGACAUUUUUCCUCAUUGUACAAAUGGAGGAAACAAACACGUUGAAACAAGUUAGCAGGUGUAAGUUACCGGCACAGCACGGAACACAGAAAUGUGGCUCUAAACAGGUUGUGCAACUCAUCUGAUCUCUUCUGCAUUGAAAUAUGCUGUUGGGCUUGGUAGUAGAGGAUGAAAAAAACACAGUGUGAGCUACACAACAAUCAGUGGUCACACCGUCAACAAGGCAUAAAGGCCAUAGAAGCGAUAUAUGUUGAUUAUAUUCUUCAGAAAAGAUGAAGAAAGCUCCAUCUGCCAAAGAGCUCAAUGCUGUGCUUGUGGGAUCAAACAGCUCCCGAAAAUAUCUGGUUGGAAACAUCAUCCUGGGAAAACAGGCAUUUGAUCAAGGAGUUUUAACAUGCAGUUGUGAGAGGGGAGAGGGAGAAGUGUGCGGGCGCAACGUCACGUUGGUCAAAGCCCCCGGGUGGCUGAGAGGAUACGACCUCUGCAACACACCCGAACUGUUCAAGACAGAAGCAAUUCUCUGCGUCACGCCUGGACUGCAUGGUUUUAUCCUGGUGAUUAAUGCAGAACAAUCGUUCAAGAACGUGUACAAGAAGGCAACAAAGGAGCAUUUGCAAUACUGUUUUGGUGACAAAGUGUGGGAUCACACGAUAGUGGUCUUCAGCCACAGAGGCCACCUGGGACACAAAUCUAUCGAGGAUUACAUCAGGAGGGAAGGGGCUCCUCUCCAGUCGCUUCUUGAGGCCUGCGGUAACAGACACCACGUUCUUUGCGAUGAUGGCACAGACAACGAGGGGAAGGUCAAAGAACUGUUGGAGAAGAUCGACGCCAUGGUGGCGGAAAAAGGUUGUUAUGAAAAUGACAGCACGCUGAUGCAAAAUGCUGAGUUGAAGAGGAAGGAAGUGGACAAAAAAGCUGAGGCGCUACACCUGCAGUCACAACAACAAAGGGAAAAACUCCAAAAGCUCAUAACAGAGCCAACACGCAACCUGAGAAUCUUGAUGGUUGGAUGUGUGUUUUCCGGGAAGAGUGCCAGUGGGAACAGUAUUUUGAGUGCUGAGGUGUUUCAGUCUGGGGACAGGACAGUGACUGCCUUAAAGCAAAGCGGCGAGGUGAAAGGAAGAGAGGUCGCCGUCGUGGACACGCCUGGAUGGUGGAAAUUCUUCCCAGCGACGUUUACCCCUCUUCAUUUUAAGUUUGAGAUUUUAAAAGGGGUUUCUCUGUGCUCACCAUCACCAAAUGUGAUCUUGCUGGCAGUGCCGCUUGACACAUCGUUUACCGAUGAGCAAAGACGAAUCACCGAGGGCAACAUGAAGCUACUUGGACAGGGAGUGUGGAGACAUGUCAUCGUGCUGUUUACAUUCGGUGACACUUUGGGGAACAAAACUAUUGAGCAACACAUUGAAAGUGAAGGAAAGCCUCUCCGUUGGCUCAUUGAGAAAUGUGGAAACAGGUAUCAUGUCCUUAACAAUAUGAGUGAAGCAGACCAGGUAACAGAGCUGCUGGAGAAGAUGGACGAGAUGGUGGCGGGAAACAGCUCUUUUUACCUCGGUGCUGACCCUGAUGAAGAUGAUCCACAACCUCAAGAAGACACAAGUGACGGAUCAAUUGAAAACAAAGAUGAGAACAAAGAUGAGAACGUCGAGGAGAUCACAGAGCAACUUACCAUCGAAUGGGAUCGCAGAAAUUGGGAAAAACACCACAGUCUUAAAGGCAGCCUGGGACUUCCACCAUUGAUGAGUGAAGACGAGAUCAACUCUGAGGGUUCAGAGAGAAAGGAAGAACAACUGGAGCACCGACAUGAAGAUGCCCAGUUUCAGACCUGUUUUGGUCUUGAAGCAGGAAGUGAAGAUGAUGCAGGAUCUGGCCCUCUGAACAGAUGGAGGAUCCUGCUGGAGAGGGAGUGGAGCAGACGAGAAGCGGCCAUGGAUAUGGCUUCUUGGAGAUAUUUCAACAAUCCCGUCUAUGCAGCCACAUCUGAGCCAGAUAAUGAUCAGCUGCUGAAAUCGAGAGAAAAAGUAACAAUGUGGAUGGAAGCCCAACAAACAACAUCUGGGUAUGGGACAGCCUCUAACACCAGCUAUAAAUCGGAGAAAGAGUAUAAAAAUGACAAAGGAAGCACCAACAGGCGGGACAGCACUAAAGAGGAGGAAGAAACCCUCACAGAUGAAAAGAUGAAGAAAGCUCCAUCUGCCAAAGAGCUCAAUGCUGUGCUUGUGGGAUCAAACAGCUCCCAAAAAUAUCUGGUUGGAAACAUCAUCCUGGGAAAACAGGCAUUUGAUCAAGGAGAUGUAACAUGCAGUUGUGAGAGGGGAGAGGGAGAAGUGUGCGGGCGCAACGUCACGUUGGUCAAAGCCCCCGGGUGGCUGAGAGGAUACGACCUCUGCAACACACCCGAACUGUUCAAGACAGAAGCAAUUCUCUGCGUCACGCCUGGACUGCAUGGUUUUAUCCUGGUGAUUAAUGCAGAACAAUCGUUCAAGAACGUGUACAAGAAGGCAACGAAGGAGCAUUUGCAACACUGUUUUGGUGACAAAGUGUGGGAUCACACGAUAGUGGUCUUCAGCCACAGAGGCCACCUGGGCCACAAAUCCAUUGAGGAUUACAUCAGGAGGGAAGGGGCUCCUCUCCAGUCGCUUCUUGAGGCCUGCGGUAACAGACACCACGUUCUUUGCGAUGAUGGCACAGACAACGAAGGGAAGGUCAAAGAACUGUUGGAGAAGAUCGACGCCAUGGUGGCGGAAAAAGGUUGUUAUGAAAAUGACAGCACGCUGAUGCAAAAUGCUGAGUUGAAGAGGAAGGAAGUGGACAAAAAAGCUGAAGAGUUACUCCUGCAGUCACAACAACAAAGGGAGCAACUCCAAAAUCUCAUAACAGCUACAGAGCCAACACGCACCCUGAGAAUCUUGAUGGUCGGGUGGGUGUUUUCCGGGAAGAGUGCCAGUGGGAACAGUAUUUUGAGUGCUGAGGUGUUUCAGUCUGGGGACAGGACAGUGACUGCCUUAAAGCAAAGCGGCGAGGUGAAAGGAAGAGAGGUCGCCAUCGUGGACACGCCUGGAUGGUGGAAAUUCUUCCCAGCGACAUUUACCCCUUUUCAUUUGAAGGCUGAGAUUUUAAAAGGGGUUUCUCUCUGCUCACCAAAUGUGAUUUUGCUGGCAGUGCCGCUUGACACAUCGUUUACCGAUGAGCAAAGACGAAUCAUGGAGGGCAACAUGAGGCUACUUGGACAGAGAGUGUGGAGACAUGUCAUCGUGCUGUUUACAUUCGGUAAUACUUUGAGAGACAAAACUAUUGAGCAACACAUUGAAAGUGAAGGAAAGCCUCUCCGUUGGCUCAUUCAGAAAUGUGGAAACAGGUAUCAUGUCCUUAACAAUAUGAGUGCAGCUGAUGGACAGGUAACAGAGCUGCUGGAGAAGAUGGAGGAGAUGGUGGCGGGAAAUAGCUCUUUUUACCUCAGUGCUGACCCUGAUGAAGAUGAUCCACAACCUCAGGAAGACACAAGUGACGGAUCAACUGAAAACAAAGAUGAGAACACUGAGGAGAUCACAGAGCAACUUACCAUCGAAUGGGAUCGCAGGAAUUGGGAAAAAUACCAUAGUUGUAAAGGAAGCAUGUCAUUACCACCAGUCAUGAGUGAAGACGAGAUCAACUCUGAGGGUUCAGAAAGAGAGGAAGAACAACUGGAGCACCGACAUGAAGAUGCCCAGUUUCAAAGCCGUUAUGGUCUUGAAGCGGGAAGUGAAGAUGAUGCAAGAUUUGGCUCAAUGAACAGAUGGAGGAUCCUGCUGGAGAGGGAGUGGAGCAGACGGGAAGUGGCCAUGGAACAGGCUUCUUGGAGAUAUUGCUAUAAUCAAGUCUAUGCAGCCACAUCUGAGCCAGAUAAUGAUCAGCUGCUGAAAUCGAGAGAAAAAGUGACAAUGUGGAUGGAAGCCCAACAAACAACAUCUGGGUAUGGGACAGCCUCUAACACCAGCUAUAAAUCUGACAAAGAGAACAAAACUGACAAAAGAAGCACUUCAAGUAUGUCCGUUUGAUGGGUAUGCACGAGCCCGGUGCAUGUCGCUCUAAUCGUGGCUGAAUGCUAAAUGACACGCUCAGACAAUAAAUUUAAAUGGUUUACUUUGAAGAAACAUGAAAAGAACCUGAACACUACAGCAACUGGUAAACCUGGUGCAAUUUAGCUAUGUCCCAAGCACUUAAAAGUCCAGGAGCUGCCCAAACCACAACAGAUGAUAAGAAGACUAAACACACUCUCUUCAAUCAGUCAGAGAAAGCCUCAGAAAAAAGAAAAACUGAAUAUAAAAAACGUCCAAAACAUUGUUUUUUGUGGCUAUUUUUAUCUAGCUAUUUAUUUGAAUCAUUUUAAUUUUAAAUAAAUACUAUUUAAUGAACAAUAUUUUAAUUAAUCUGUACUGUAGGAUUCCAUGUUGAGGUGGUGGAGGCAGUGUAUGAUGUGAUUAGGAGGUUGAAUACUUGCAACAUGCUUCUUAGUGAUGUGUAUGCCUGUCUGCAUGGUUGCAUUUACUGAAAUAAAGAUGCGUCCUCCAAUCCGCUUUGAAGCCCAAUAAUGAAGUACAAUCUUGGAAUGCUAUGUUAUGUUAUUACAACAAUAAAGCUGGAUCACAUUUUCAGAUGCAGUGUUUUAUUCC